GGCAGAGAUUUGAAAAUGGCCACCAAAAAUAACGUAGACAUAUUCAGCUCAGCAUCGCUGGCUGUGGAGUAUGUGGACUCACUGUUGCCUGAGAACCCUCUGCAGCAGCCCUUUCGGGACGCAUGGUGCUACAUGCUGGACAACUACACAAAGUUCCAGAUCGCAACCUGGGGGUCCCUCAUAGUUCACGAAGUCAUCUAUUUCUUGUUCUGUUUACCUGGAUUUUUAUUCCAAUUUAUACCUUACAUGAGAAAGUACAAAAUUCAAAAGGAUAAACCAGAAACCUUUGAAGGCCAGUGGAAGUGUUUGAAAACAAUUCUCUUUAAUCAUUUUUUUAUUCAACUGCCUCUGAUUUGUGGAACUUACUAUUUUACAGAGUUUUUCAGUAUUCCUUAUGAUUGGGAAAGAAUGCCAAGAUGGUAUAUGACUUUGGCAAGGUGUUUGGGCUGUGCAGUCAUUGAGGAUACCUGGCACUAUUUCCUGCACAGACUCCUUCACCACAAGAGGAUCUAUAAAUACAUUCAUAAAAUCCACCAUGAGUUUCAGGCUCCAUUUGGGAUCGAAGCAGAAUAUGCACAUCCUUUAGAAACCCUAAUUCUUGGGGCUGGAUUUUUCAUUGGAAUUGUCCUUUUGUGUGAUCAUGUGAUUCUUCUCUGGGGAUGGGUGACCAUUCGGUUGCUAGAAACUAUCGAUGUCCAUAGUGGUUACUACCUUCCUUUCAACCCGUUGAACUUCAUCCCUUUUUACGCGGGGUCGCGGCACCAUGAUUUCCACCACAUGAACUUCAUCGGGAACUACGCCUCCACCUUCACGUGGUGGGAUAGAAUCUUUGGGACAGACGCUCAGUAUCAUGCCUACAUUGAAAAGAUGAAGACGUUUGAGAAAAAGACUAAGUGAAUACCCUUCAGACACACCUUCCUGAAGUUAUGUGUUUCCUCAGCUGGAGCUAGUGACUAACCUUGCUUCUGGGGAGCAGAGAUAAGCAUGUGACUUGGCUGCUACGCGAUCAAAGGAACAUUAACAGCAUUUAAUUAUCUUCCACAUGGGAACUUUUCUACUUUACAUUCAAGUUCUGUAUAUGUGGGAAUAAAUAAAUAUAUAUAUUUAAGUACAGUUUUCAUGAGGAGGUUUUAAAGGCCAUAUUGCUAACCUCAUCAGAAGGUUUCAGGUAUUGGAGGAAGAAUUAAUGUACAACUUAUCACUUCAUGCCUCCCGGGGCUGAAGUUGACAUUGCCUUUUAAGCCUUUUAUAUACGCUGGUCAGUUGAAAAAAAAAAAAUC